AAAUUUUCAAUAUGGUUACUUUUUGUUCAGUUGUAUUCUGACGAGGUAUUUAACAAAUUAUGCAUUGUUGUUCGGAAGACAUGAACUCUGCAGUAACAAUAUUUAUAGGAUUUGUUCUCUUUUUAGUCAUUACCUUGAUUUCCAGAGCUGCAUGGCUCCUUUUUUCUCGGAAAAAUGAAGCUUGCGAGAAAAGAGACGGACCUAUCAAGACUUUGGUGGUGGUUGGUUCAGGUGGUCACACAAUGGAAAUCCUUGCACUUUUAAGAGGGCUUUCUGUGAAAUUUACGCCAAAGGUGUAUGUGAUUGCUGACACAGAUAAAAGAAGUCAGCAUAAAGUGUUGGAGUUUGAAAAAAGUAAAAUUGCAGAAUUUGAUGGGAAGUCAGAGUUUAACAUAAGAAGAAUACCAAGAAGUAGAGAGGUUGGGCAGUCAUAUUUAACAUCAGUAAUAUCAACAGUCGUAUCAUCAUUUUUUUCUUUCUCUAUGGUGAUCCAAGAGAUGCCUGAUUUGAUUCUUUGUAAUGGUCCUGGAACAUGUGUACCAGUCUGUAUCUGUGGCUUCUUAUUAAAGUUGCUGAUGGUAAAAGAUAUAAAAGUUGUGUACAUUGAAAGCAUCUGCAGAGUCAAAUCAUUGUCCCUGUCUGCCAAAAUUUUGUAUUAUGUGGUUGAUCGAUUAAUUGUUCAGUGGCCAGAACUUUGUGAAAAAUAUAGCAGGACAGUUUACUUAGGGCGUACAAUAUGAUCAAAUGCACAGUUAUUUUUACAAUUGUUAAAUAGUGAUAAAGUGAUGGAAAUUUUAAAAUGCAUAUUAGAUUGUGAAAAC